GUAAACAUUUAUUGUUUCUUGUCUGAAUCAUCAAACAGAUGAGAUUAACAAUAAAAAUGAAAUUGAUUUGUCCACACAUUAUUGAGAAAUCUGAAUGGAAAACCUAGCAUCAUAAAACACAAGUCCCAUGAAUGUGUGGCGGCCAAGCCUGGCCAGACAUUUGACUUGCUGAACAGAUCCUACAAAAGCAGAAUGUGACUUUAAAAGGGAAUCUAACAUAUUUAAAAUGAUUUGUGUGAAAGGAAAAUAAUGUGAAAUGCAGAAUGGUGAAAGAGGAGAAUCUGUUGAAGAUUUAGAGUUUUUUUAAACAUGAUGAGAUCACUAAUUUUGUACAUUAUUCACUCGGUCUCAAAAUAGCAAUAUUUUCUUGAGUAGAUAGUGACAAGUGGUAGGGACAUCUCCCACAUUUCUGAGUAUUUGUUAAUCAGGAAUUUGUGGUUUCUCCGGAGCCUCUUUACCUUAAUAACUUUUCACAACUUCGAAAUUCAUUUUGUGAAAAAAAAUGAAAACAAAACAUAACUGUCACCUAUCUGCUCCUCUGGUUUCUUUUCUUUUAAAUUAAAAUAAAUUCUCAUUUUGGGUUGGAUUCCCCUCCAUCUAAAUGCAAUAAUAUUGAUUACAAAGUGAGUGGAGAAUUGAAAUAGGAGAAAAUCAUUUUGUUAACUUGUUACAAUCAUAUGUACAAUUUGCUUUCCGAAACUGACAAUAAAAGCUAUUAAAACCAUCAAAACUGUUUUCAUUUGAAUUUCAAGAGUGACACUAUUGGGUUACAUUCUGAUAUAAAUAGAAUUAUGGAUAGAAUUUCAUGAAAUGCUUUUUUUUUGCUAUUGACCACUGAUUACCAUUUUAAAUUCACUGAAGACAGCCUGCAUACAAAUAUGCAGGUUGGGCUAUAUGGAAAAUGAGUUUGAUGUCACUAUGUUCUAUUUUUUUUAAAUAUAAAACUGCUUACAAGUUAUAAACAUGACAUGAAGUGAACUGGAAAUUACCGGUUUCUUUGAAUCGCUGUAUUAUUCAAUCACUAAAUUCUUAAGAUAAAUGCUCAAAAGGCCCUUUUUGAGGAAAAAAACAUUACCGAUGGUGCUAGUUUACUGCUAGAUAUCUAAGAAAAUCAAAAUUCAAAUUCUCUCAAAGAAUUAACAGCUGAAAAAAAUUGACAAGUACACUUGAUCGGAAUGUCAAGUAUGAUUUACACUGAACCUUUGGCUUUAACCAUAGGCAAAGCUUGGCAAAAGACAUGGUUCAAAACUUCAGGAAAUAAAGUACCUUGAAAAAGUUAAAAUUUUUAUCAGAUUGCCAAAAUAAAACCUGCCAUAGCAACAAAGAGCUACACUCAAUUUUUUGGCACAUCUAUAUGGAAGAUUUGAUGCUGUUAUAGAUCUUCAACACUUUUUUGGAAGUUCAAGACAUGUUCUCAUUCCCAGAUAAUAAGGUCCGUCCAAGAAGUUGAACUAUUCCUCAACACUUAAAAAUUGUCAAUGCUGUCCUUGAUCCUGUGGCUGGGUAGAACUUAAACCUGCUGAAUCACUUGGUUAUGAUCAUCUUGGCUUGGAGAGAUCAUGAAUCAGUCACAAAGCUUUAAUGGUGGUUUCUUGCGGCCUCCUGACAUACUCCCUGGUGCUGGUUUUUGGGGAUUCAUCGACAUCAACUGCCGCUUCAUAGCCUUCACCAUGUUGAUGUCAUCUGGAAUUUGCACAUAGCGAACAAGGCUUGCCUGGACGAAGAACGAGUCCAUGUGCGUUUUCUCUCCAUCCAUGUUCACGAACAGAACCUUGGACAUUGUCACAUUCAUAAAACCAUCGACGUCAUCCACAUAGCCAGUCGCUGAACAUUCAUUUCUGAGUUCCACAGUUGUGAUACGGCCAACUACUGCACGAAGAAGACAAACCAGCGUAUGUCUGGCUUUGUAUUUCUCUCUUAUGGAUAGUGUAUUUGCCAUUUUCUGGGUUAUUGGUGGUAAGCAUUAAGCAAUCUUCAGUUCAUUUUCAGGUGCACUCAGGUUGGGUGCACAAGUACUAAUUCCACUUCAGAAAUUAGUCAAGCUCACUGCACAGAGACUGAGCUGAGUGAGUUAAAUGAAAUAUGACCGAGUGUCACUGCACUGACCCACUGCACUGUCAGUGUCUAAUCAGAAAAGCAGAACUCCAGUCCUGACUGGUCAUUCAACAAAGCACAGGAAGUGACACCCGAAUUCUUACACUAUAAAGACAAAAUAUCGGGCGACAAUCUAGAGAAGUGUUUGAUCCCUAUAACGAGUCAAAAUAAGCUAGAUGUUGGAUAAUUCUAUUUUUUGCACAAAAUAAAACCGGCGCGCCGUGGCGUUAUCAGGUGAUACAUCACGUGAUAAAUUGCAAGCAGGAUCGGGGAUUUCCCGAAUUUUCGUCUGGUUCGAUCGCGCGUGAAUUUGAGUCGAUGAGCUGAUGCCCGCAGUGAUGGAAAAAAAUUGCUUCAAUCAAACGACGAGAAAUAUAGACUUUUUAUAGUGAUUUCAACAAGUUAAACAUACACUGCCAAGCAAGGAACUGGUACAUUGUAUUAAGUCUCGGGGCAGAAGACCUGCAAAGUCCAUGAACUGUACUGGGUACAAUUUGUAGUGGAAAUCGGCACUUGAACGCGAAUGAAAAUGAACCAGAUUCCAGCACACGACUUCCCCUUGAACUCUGGCGGACGAAACACAAGCGAAGACCCCUUACAUUCUGGCCUUUUGAACUGGCUCUGCGAUGCUACUCUGAUUGGUGGUGGUGGCGGUUUUGCAUCUAGUAGGAUUUCUGGAAAGAUGAUUGAGAAAGGAGAAGAGGAAUCACUGAGUAAACUAUUGGGCCUUCCACUCACAGAGACUCACCUCCAGACUGUUCUCAGUGCAACAUGCAAACAUGCGAUUAACAAUCUAAGAAGAUCAGGCGAGCAUGGACCGGAUGGUCUGGUAGGGUUAAGUCGCCCGAUGAUCAACCAAGCCUUCAGAAGAGUCUACAGGUUUUUGUAUGGUGAGGAGGCUCCACAAGAAGAUGACAUCACCAUCAUGAUUCAGAAGAUUUCAAUUAAAUCGUCAGGUUACGAGCUACUAAGCAUGUAG